AUGAAGUCCACCAUUAGCCUCAGCCUGCUUGGAGGUGCUUUCGCACUAUCAAAUGAGAAGAUCGACUUUGUUGCACAACAGCCCCUCAUACAAGAUGCUUGCCCGUCAAAUCAUUUGCUAGACAACGGUAAAUGCCUGCCUUUGGCAUAUGGGGACUCGCCGGCAUCAACAUUUGCAUUCCAAUCCAACACCUCCCAACCCUCCCUGCCCACAAAUUCCCUAGAAGACGCCCGCACCUUGGCUUCCCAAACAGAGAACUUCCCGUGGACAUUCUGGCCGGAAUGUUUUGCCCACGAGAAGGUUCCAGAUCAGCCAUACUGCGUCUUCAGUGAUCAAAGUUUCGCAUCGGGGAGAGGUAUCUUCAUCGUCACCGCGCAAACCUUCGCCUACGCCAUGCUAGAACACGACGCUUUCAAACACCCGGAAACGCUCGAGCGCAUCAAUCGCUACGAGAACCCGCCAUUCUACCAGCAUGAAUUCCCAGGAAAAGGAAGAGGUCUAGUCGCCAACAAGACCCUCCAACGAGGCGACCAGAUCUUCGCUUCCACACCAAUUCUCAUCACCGACCCAGACCUAUACGAGCUCCCGGAAUCCGAGCGCCUUGCUCUGUUGCACCGUGGUGUAGCUACCCUUCCUAAGUCAACCCAAUCCUUGUUCUGGGAGCUUCAUGGCCACACGCCCGAUAAUGACGAAUUAGACGACCGGAUCACAACCAACAACUUCGAAGUCGCCAUCGACGGCAUAUCACAAUCAGCGCUCUUCCCUGAAAUCGCAAUGCUGAACCACGACUGCAGACCUAACGCCGCGUACUUCUUCGACGAGAAGACGCUGACACACUACGUCCAUGCCAUCCGACCCAUCUACCCCGGCGAGGAAAUCACAAUAACAUACAUCAACAACGAGCUACCGCGCGCAAGACGCGUCCGUGGUUUGGAGAAGAACUGGGGUUUCAAGUGUUCCUGUUCAACAUGCACAGCGCAUCCACAUCUGGCUUCCGAAUCCGAUGCUCGCCUCGAACAAAUCGCCUCCCUUCAACAAGAUGUCUUGAAUGACUGGACUGAGUCUUCUUCUGCAACCCCAGCGACAGCAGAACUUCUCAUCAGUUUGUACAAGCAAGAGCGUCUAGAUGCUAGUUUAGCGACGGCGUACCAGCAUGCUGCCGAGGUAUAUAGCAGUUUUGGAAUGAAGUGGGAGGCGGUGCGGUAUGCGAGGUUGAGCGUGGAGAUUAGCGUGUUAGAUAAAGGUUGGAGUGAUAAGGACGUUGCGGCGAUGAAGAAGAUGAUUGUUGAACCGGAGAUGAGCUGGAGUUGGAGGAAGAGGGCUGGUGUAAAAAGCAGUGGAUGUGGAUGUGGCAAGGGUCAUUGA